AUUUUUUAGUUUCCACUUUGUUACUUAACAAGAAGAUUCUAACAUUAUGAUGAAGAUAAGUAUCCUGGUGGCAACCAUUGCAAUUUUGCAAUUGUCCGCCCCUGUAUCAUGCGGAUGGGGACUGGGAAGUUUAGUUGGUGGAGUUGUUAGUGGUGUAGGUAAUGUUGGUAGUGGUCUUGUUGGAGGACUUACUAAUGCUACUACAAGCGUUGUUGGUAGUGCUGUCAAUGUAGGUUCGUCCGUAGUCAAUGCUGGUACAAAUGUAGUUGGAGGAGUAGUUGGGGGAGUUGUAAACACAACCACUAAUGUUGUUGGUGGUGUGGUCAAUGCUGGUAACACCGUGGUUGGAGGAGUGGUCAAUGGUGUGGUCAACACCACCACUAAUGUAGUUACUGGAGCAGUCAACGCUGGUACCACUGUAGUCGGUGGUGCAGUCAAUGCUGGAACCAACAUUGUUGGUGGUGUGGUCAACACAGGUACCAGUGUCAUUGGUGGUGCCCUCAAUACCGGAACCAACGUCCUAGGAGGUGUUGUUGGUGGUGUUCUUAACACCGGUACUGGUUUGCUUGGUAACGUUGCAGGCGGAUUGAUGGGAGGUGUGACAGGUAUCAUUGGAGGUUUAACCAACGGUGUAAUGCAAACCAUGAUAAAUUCAGCAAUCAGUGCUAUCUCUGCUAUGAUUAGAGCCACAGUUAUUGCAAUGUACAAUGAGGCUGUGGCUACAGCUAUUGCAUUGUGGCAAUUCAUGUGGGAAACAAUUGGACAACUUACCAGCGCUGUCAUGUCUGCUUUACCUGUUCUUGGUUAAUACCAUAAAAGAAUAACUCUUGAAAUUUGAUGUAAUAACUCAUAAUGUUAAUAAAAAUUUAUUUGUAACCA